AUGGUACAUCUAGAGUUGACUCAUCGACUAACAACAGACGAGUUUCUUCAGGCAUUUAGGAGAAUGGUUAACCGCCGAGGGAUCUGCAACACAAUGUGGUCUGAUAAUGCGCGAACAUUCAAGUCUGCAGGAUCUUUCAUCAAAAAGGUCUUCGUUAGGGCAAAUAGCAUCAAAGAAACAGAGUUGGAUACAGAUGCAUUGACUACGCAGUUAGCUGCCAAGGGGAUAGAAUGGAAAUUUAUCGUUGAGCGAGCUCCAUGGCGAGGUGGCUGGUGGGAGCGGUUAGUUCGGUCAGUCAAGGAGUCAUUGAGGAGAGCGUUAGGGAAGGCACUUCUUAGAUACACUGAGCUGUACACAGUCUUGACAGAUGUUGAAGCUGCGAUCAACUCUCGACCGUUGACAACCAUAAGUGAUGAUAGUAGAGAUCUGGAACCGCUAACGCCAGCUCAUCUUGCAUUGGGAAGGCCGCUAAUGGGAAUACCAGAUGUAGCAGAAGAAACAUGGGAGGCAGCUGAUACAAUUGUGACGCAGCGCUACUUGUAUAGACAAAAGUUAGCCAAUCACUUCUGGAAGAGAUGGCAAAACGAAUAUCUACCAAGUCUUACAGUGAGGAAAAAGUGGGAAACUGAGAAGCCACCGGUAGAAGUUGGAAGUAUCGUGCUGAUAUCUGAGGAUCGUACACCUAGAGGAAGUUGGCUGCUAGGACGGGUGGAUGAAGUCUAUAUGGGAAAGGAUGGAAUCUGCAGGACCGUCGCAGUAAGGACGAAGAAGGGCGUACUAAAGAGACCGAUUCAACGAUUACACCACUUAGAGGCGGUGGCGGGUGGCAAAGCUGAUCUUAGCAGCGAAACUGGCUCCAGUUCCACUCCAAACCCAUGCUAUGUUAGUGAUCUCAGAUCUAGCGUUGAAAAUGAGAAAAAUGCUCCUGAUGAAAGUACUGGUCGAGAUAGCGAAGAUACAUGUACAGACGAUAACGAGAAUAUGGACAAUGCCAUUAUGCGCAAUCCCCACGGUGGGAAGGACUUUGCGAACAAUAGUGUUGGUUGA